AUGACAGAUAAGUAUGAGGCCGAACGGAACAACUGCAACACUCACGCGUCUGAAAUAAAUACCCUCAGCUCCCAAGUGGACUCUGCGAUGCAGCAGAACACCACCCUUAGGUACCAUCUGGAGGAACUCCAGAACAGCCACGCGCUACCGCUUGACUACCCAACCGAGCAACCAAGCUCGCAACCGGAGCCUGGGGAACAAAGGAGUGCAGAGGGUAUGAUCAAUGAGAUCCGUACUGCCUUCAAAGAUGCUCUUGAUCACCUCAAGUGGAUGGACAAACAAAAGCGUCAGGCAGCCAAGGUCGACACCUACUGGAUAGCGGACGCCAUCUAUGACAUGAUUGGAUUCCCUGACUUCAUCCUGGACCCCAAAGAACUGGAUGAUGUUUAUGACGGGUAUGACGUCUCGGAAGACAACUUCUUCCAGAACGCACUCAACUUCUACAACUUCUCUGCCAGGGUGAUGGCCGAUCAGCUCCGCAAACCGCCCAACAGGGACCAAUGGAGUAUGACCCCUCCCACAGUCAACGCCUACUACAUGCCCACCAAGAAUGGCAUUGUCUUCCCAGCUGGAAUCCUUCAGGCACCCUUUUAUGCACAGGAUCACCCCAAAGCACUGAACUUCGGGGGGAUCGGAGUGGUGAUGGGACACGAGCUCACUCAUGCCUUUGAUGACCAGGGCAGGGAAUACGACAAAGACGGGAACCUUCGGCCAUGGUGGCAAAAUUCCUCUGUGGAAGCAUUUAAGAACCGCACGGAAUGCAUGGUGGAGCAGUACAACGGGUUUACAUCAAUGGGGAGCAUAUAA